CAUUUCAAUAUGGGAUACUGACUGCACGGUGCAGCACGCGCGCCCUUCACCGAACUGACGUCACGGGUUUAGAAUGUCGCCACGGGCCCCGGAUCCACGGGAAAGCGGCUCACUGGAAUGAAGUCGCUGCUAAAACAGAAAAACUCCUCAGCCUUACCUACGCAGCACGUCGAAUACAUGGCGAAGUAACGUAGGCCAUUUUCCUGUUGUUUCUGCCUAAGUGAGGAUGUUUGAGGGAAGUGUUAGGGGUUUAUCAUGAUGAGAGUCGAGUCAGUCCGGCGGUAGACGUGGUGGAAUAGAGCCAGCGUUUUGAGGAGGAGUGGAAGCCCGUUAUGUCCGGUCCUACCUGGCUGCCUCCGAGAACUCUGAGUAGCCCUGAAAGACCUGCAGCACAGAUGUCACACUCUGGACCUGCUUUCUACAGACCACCCAAAAAAGGUCCAUCUGACCAGAGAGCCAAAUAUGGUGUGUAUGACCAAAAUGGAGCACCAGGUGGAAAUGGUGUACCCUCAAGGUACAUAGCCACUGGACCCUCAGGUGGAAGCGUGCAUCACCAGCACCAAGACGGUUAUUCAGGGCCGUCAUCCUAUCACCCCCUUUCUCCAAAAGGAGAGCACUAUUAUGCCCCAGGGCAUGGGCCCAACGAUGAUCAUCUCUUCUGGAGCACACACAUGACCAGCUAUGAUCACCAUACACGUGGGUCUGAUAAACACCUCUCUAGUAUUGAUGCAGAGAUAGAUUCUCUCACAUGCAUGCUGGCUGACAUGGACAGCCAUCCUCAGAACACAAGCACACAGCUAUACGACAAUGUGCCUUACAACAAGCAUCUCCACAGCGAGCGCUACAAACCAUCCAACCAGACAGGUGCUCCGUCCCAGGCCAGACCCUCCAUGGGUUACCCUCCUCAUCCUCAAAGCCAGUACCAUCCUUCUCCACCUUAUGCGUCCACUCCAAAGCCUGAAUACACCUAUCCAUCCCCAUCGUCCUCCGCCCACAAACCUUACCCCCAACCAGUGCCAGCCUCCUACACCACUGCCUCCACCCCGAGUGGGCCGCGCUUCACUGUGCAGGUCAAAACUGCCCAGCCUGUCACUUAUUCUCAGAGCGGGAGACAGGCGGAGCAGGCCUACACUCCGCCCCCUCCUCGCCAGCAUGCUACUUGCCCUGCCCCACAAGAUCGCCCACAUUACGCAGAAGUCCCAGGGCAGGGACAGGGCUGGUACCCACCACCACCACCUCCAGCCCAGCAGGCCCAUGGUGAUCCAGCAGCAUAUAAAGCAGGCUCCGGUGGUGUUCAGGUGCCAAGCAGGGUACAGGGACCACCAGGAAAGAAAGGACAAGAGCAGAGCUACCAGGCUAGUAAGGGAACAGUGCCAAGACCAGAGGAGGAGUUGGAUCGUCUCACAAAGAAGUUGGUGUAUGACAUGAAUCAUCCCCCCACAGAGGAAUACUUCGGCCGGUGUGCCAGGUGUGGAGACAACGUGCUCGGUGAUGGGAGUGGCUGUAUUGCUAUGGAGCAGGUGUUCCAUGUGGAGUGUUUCACAUGUAUCACUUGCCAUGCCCAACUCAGAGGCAAGCCUUUCUAUGCACUGGACAAAAAGAGCUACUGUGAGAGCUGUUACAUUAGCACAUUGGAGCGCUGCUCAAAGUGUUCGAAACCAAUCCUGGACAGGAUCCUGCGGGCAAUGGGGAAGGCAUAUCACCCACGUUGCUUCACCUGCGUAGUCUGUGGCUGCUGCCUCGACGGUGUUCCCUUCACCGUGGAUGCCACUUCACAGAUUCACUGCAUUGAGGACUUCCACAGGAAGUUUGCCCCAAGAUGCUCUGUGUGUGGGGAACCCAUAAUGCCUGAGCCAGGUCAGGAGGAGACAGUGAGAAUUGUGGCUCUGGAUCGCAGUUUCCAUGUCAACUGCUACAUUUGUGAGGAGUGUGGAUUGCUCCUCUCGUCUGAAGGAGAGGGUCGAGGUUGCUACCCUCUGGACGGUCACAUUUUGUGCAAGAGCUGCAGUGCCCGACGAAUCCAGGAUCUCUCUGCCAAAAUCUCCACUGACUGCUAACAACAACCUUCUGUUCUCUUUCACUGCUUUUUGCUUUUUGUUUUUUGUUUUGUACCUUUUGAGGGAUAUUCAAAGAAGUGCUCACAGUAGGGCCUUUAUUUUCCCCCUUUAUAUUAGCAGACAGCAAGGCAAUGAAAUAAUUUCACAUACAUUAUAGCUGAAUUCUACAUACUCAGGGUUUAUAGUUAAGCAGAGUCGUGAAAUAAGAGAGUCUUUUGCAUAGGCCACUUUAAGAGGGCAAGUGAUAUUCCUAACUUUAAUGAAUAAGAUGGUUAGUUUACAGAGGUGAUAAGUAUUCAUUGUGAAUAGCCUGUGUGUGUGUGUGUGUGUGUGCGCGCGCAUGCAUACAUGUAUGGUUGUUCAUACAAGUUGCUGAUUUCUCUGAACAGGUGAAAGGGCAUGAUCAGGGUUUUUUUUUUUCCUUACUUUAUAGCUAAGACUUAUGCUGUCACUAAGAAUCUGUACUGUAACCAACUGAAUUGUAUUUGAUUACAUUAAAUAAUCAAAAUUAAAAUAACCUAACAGAAGUCAUGACAGUAAUGAGUUGAAUUUCACUAAAAAUGUCUUGAUUGUUCACGUCCUCUAGUUAAGAUCUGUAUUUGAUGAACCCCUGUUCUACAAACGGCAGGGGUCACAUGACAAGUAAUUGAGCCUCUGUGCUAUAACACUCUAAGACUAACUUCCCGCCUUCUCUGCUGGUCUCUGAAGGAAAUGUUGGACAUAUUAAUGAACUAGAACUAUUAACACUAGAACUGAUCACUGUUAUUGAAGGGUAUCACCAUUCUGUUUAAUACCUGAGACUAAAUACCAUGUUUUUGUGUUUUGGUUCUUUGUCAGGAUACAGUUUGCUGAUCUGGGACUAGUAUUUUUGUACCUAAAACCUCACCUUAACCACCUCAUAUUAGCGUGAUGGUACAGUGUUUAAACAUAAUUAAAUGAAGGAAACUGCAAUGAGAUUUUUAUGUAAGAUGCUUUAAGAGAGGACAACCCUACUGUAUCAUGCAGAUUGAUGUGAAUAUGAAAUAGUAUCUUAGUAGUAAAGUUGCUAUAAAGGGAUUUAGAGAUGUAGUGAAAAAAUUUGAUUUUGAAGACUUGUAGUUGAAGUGUGUAGUGAGGUAAAUGCUAAGAUAUAAAAGGAAGCAGAAAUGAGACUGGUGGUCUACAAUUCAGUGCCUCCUUAAAAUAAGGUUGCCACUUGCAGCCCUCAGGGCAGGGAGUGUUUAAAAAUCAUUCUGGACUUAAAGAAAACUUAUUCCUAAUGGGUGUAGUCUUGUUUAAAAGCACCUAAAACAACAAAGAGCACCUUGCUUACUGAGUAGCUAAUGUAGGAAUAAUUACAUCCAGGUAAAUGAGCUUUUGGCCUGGUUUGUCCAUCUUGGUUGCUGGGGCUGUUAUUUUGUUUAACAUGUAUAUUGCUGAUUGUCGGAAUGUCAUCUAUGUUUUUUUUUUUUUUUUUUUUUUGGUUACUGAAGAGCUUUUAGCUUUUGUGCUCUUUUUGCCGGCAGUUUUUUGUAUAAAAAUGCCCUCAUUAUUGGUUGAGUUUUUCAUUUGGCCUCUCUGCUGGUUAAAAUAAAUGUAUUGAUUUUGAUUGGA